AAGUUCUCUUCUCCUAUUUAAGUCUUUUAUUUAUUUAUUUUGUUUCUGCAGCGUGUUCUAUUUAUGCAAAAUUCUCCUCAAAAUCGAUCUCUUUUAAUAAAAUCAGGAAAUUUAAUGGCUAUAUCCUCAUUCGAUUUAACUCUGUUGUAUUUGCCUGCUUUUCUUAAUAUAGUUGUCUUCAAUUUUAUCCAUCUUUUUUACUCUUCCUCCUCAGAACAAUCCAAUCUUUCUCUGAUUCCUAACCAGUCUUGUAGUUCUUUUUGACAUUAAAUUAGUGAAUUGACCAUAAACAGCUUCUAGCCAUGGGAAAGCGAAAUGCACAGCGUAAAAACAUAGCGAUGUUGGAUACGGAUGACGAUGAUAAUAGUAGUGUUAGUUCGUCGUCAACUAUGAAAUCGGAUCGCGCUUCGGUUUUAGGAACCGAAGAGGUUCAGGUUGAUAAAGAUAGUUUACUAGACCAAGCUCUAGAUGCUUUAUACGAGAAGAGGGGUGCCACAAGAGAAAAAGCUUUGGCAUCAAUUAUUGAGGCUUUUAAUAGCAAUUUGCAGCAUCAGUUCCUUGAAAAGAAAUUUGCUACUUUAUUACAUCAGUGUCUGAAUUGUAUCAAAAAAGGAUCUAGCAAAGAGAUAGCUCUAGCAUCUCAUGCUAUUGGAUUGUUGGCUUUAACAGUUGGCUGUGGGGAUAAUGCACGAGAAAUAUUGGAAGACUCAGUUACUCCUAUUUCUCAAGCCCUUAAAUCUGGGUCUGAAUCUACAAAGACAGCAUCGCUAUUGGAGUGCUUGGCUGUUGUCACCUUUGUUGGUGGGAAUGAGCCAACAGAGACAGAACGCUCAAUGCAAAUCAUGUGGCAGUUGGUUCGCCCUAAAUUGGGUUCUAAUGUAGCUGCUGCUAAACCUUCUGCUCCUGUAAUAGCAGCAGUAGUAUCUGCUUGGGCAUUUCUUCUGACAACCAUGGAUGGCUGGAAAAUUGACCCCAAAGAUUGGCAAGAGUCCAUCUCUUAUCUUUCUGGUCUGCUGGAUAAGGAUGAUCGAUCUGUACGCAUUGCUGCUGGUGAAGCGCUAGCCUUAAUUUUUGAGAUAGGAAGCCUGGAAAAGUUUGCUGGUGAAAAUAAAGAUUCUGAUGAUCUCCCAGUCCAGGGGGUGAACAAGUCUAGAGAAGUAAUGGUGCAUAUACAAGGAUUAAAAUCAAAAGUCCUGAAUCAGGUGAGAAACCUUUCUGCAGAGGCAGGUGGGAAGGGAUCCACCAAGAAAGAUCUUAAUACCCAGCGAAACUUAUUUAAGGAUGUCUUGGAGUUUCUUGAGUAUGGUUAUUGCCCUGAAACCUCAAUGAAGAUAGGAGGAGAUUCACUGCAGACUUCAACAUGGUCUCAGUGGAUACAGUUGAACUUCUUAAAGCACUUCCUUGGAGGUGGGUUUAUCAAGCAUAUGCAGGAUAAUGAACUACUUCAUGAUGUCUUUGGUUUCGUGCCGAAGAAAAAAUUGCUUCAAGGGGUUGAACAUCAAAUGUCUAGUUGCGAAAAGAGGAUGUUCCGGUCCCCCAAUUCAGUCCUUAACAAAGCCAGGACUCAGUUUCUGAACAAACAGCGGAUGUUAUCUAAGGAUAGAAAUGUUGGGCAUUUUGCAGUCAAUAGCGGAGAUGAAGAGGCCUGAAGGUGUCCAAUGUCUUGUUAGGUCAAACAUCAGCAGCAGCAAUCAUUUAUGAUGGGGUUUAGGUUCUUUUCAUUUUUGUGACAUGUGGACAAAAGAAACUGUUGGGGUGUCCAUUGAGAUUAUACGGAGUUGCAACUUUAUUAUUUUUUCAUCUGGGAUUCAUAAAAUCAUUGUAUUCAUGGCACUGCUGCUAUGAACAGCAUUAUAAUGUUGUACUUUGUAAUAUCUUAUUUAGGGCGUACUAUGCUCAAGUGUAUUUUUAGUAGGAUUAAAAUGUCCAACAUUAUUCGGUAUAAUUUUAUUCAUUUAGUUCUUCA